CAUUCAGGUGUGUGUGCGUAUGUUCAUGUAUGCACACUAUGGUAUAUGCAGAAGUCAGGACAACUUACAAGAGUCAGUUCUCUCCUGCUACCUUGUGGAUCCCAGGGACAAAACUCAGCAUCAGGCUUUGCACGUGCCUUCACAAGUUGAACCAUCUCACUGGCUCUCCACUUUACUGAUUGUUUUUUGAAGAUGGGGUAAUGUAACCCUGGCUGGCCUUGAGCAUACCAUGUAGUCCAGACUGGCCUUUUAACGCUGGGAACCGCCAACCUCCACAUUAUUGUUGAGACAAGAUCUCUCAUUGAACUCAGAGCUCACCGGUUCAAGUUCGGUUGACCAGCAGGCGAGCUCCAGAGAUCUGUAGCUCUCCACAACCCUAGUGCUAUCAUAGAAGCACCAUGGACCUAUUUUACGUGGGUGCUGAGGAUCCAAACUCAGAUCCUCAUGGUUUGCAGUCUAAGCCCUGAAGCAAAGACCCUCAAUUCUCUCCUUUCACCCUGUGGAUCCCAGAAUCAAAACUCCAGAACAGGCUUAGCAUGUGGCUUUACGCGCGGAACCACCUCCCUGGCUCUCCGUAACCCUGGCUGGCCUGAAACGUCAUGUGUCCCCAAGAAAUUCUUCCCAUGCCUAGGGGUCCUUAACUGUAACUGUGUGGAAGGGCAGUCACCUGGAAAGAUACCUUUAAUGCUCAAAACAGGAGAGGCAGAAAAACAGGAGAGGCAGAGUCAGGCGGAUCUCUGGAAGGCCAGCCUGUUCACAAAGCCAGACCUCAAACAAAAACAAGAACAACUGACUCGAUCCACUACAAAUCCCAUAAAUUUCCUUCUUCAGGCCUUCCACCCCACACCCUCAGCUUCUUCCAAGGGACCUUACUAACGGGGCUUUUCCUUUCUCCUUCCAUUUCUCACUUCCUGUCACGUACCUCUUCCUCUAAACUCCCUCUCCUGACAUCUUGUUUCCAUUCUACUCUUCCUCAAUUUCCCCUUUCAUCCUCUUAAUAGGAAAAAAAAAAAGUCUUAAGCCUUGUUUUGUUCCUUUUGCCCUGUGUGGCUGCUGCUGCUUGGUUUCCUCUCCCAUUCACGCCGAGUGGUGUCUCAUUUUUUUGCCACUGGCCCUCAGGGAUCCUUGAGACUGUAACCCGCCGGCCUCCAGGGCUUUGCGUGUCUCUACAGCCUACACUGGCCGAAUCCCCUACGCCUAGCUUGUCAGGCGCCCCCAAGAUGGCGCCUCCAGCUUCGUCCCGCCUCCCGACGUCAUCGCGCCCUCUCCGCUCAGCGCUCCCCUUUCGAGCUAUCAAAGGCGGAAUCCGAGAAGAGGUGGAAGAGGAAGAACCUCCAGGGAGGCUUAAGGAGGCGGGUACUAUCCACCUGGAGGCCGACCAGCGAGGGAACAUUGCUAAAGGAUUGGCUGGGCGCUGAGCGAUCCCACCCCUCCGUACUAUUGGCCGAGGCUUCAGGAAACCUGAGCAUCGAUUGGUCUAAUGACAGGGGCAGACAGCCGAUGAUUGGGCGAAUUGUGCAGUCUUCGCAGCGGCCCAGGCGGAAGGUGGGAGGAGCGUUGUUGAGGGCGGCCUGGGGUGAGAGCGAGGCUGCGGAGCAGGCGAGACGACGGGCGCUAGAGAGGACGCGGCGCUAGAGUGGCGGUGCAAAGGGACCUGAAGCCCGUAGCCCGGCCUGGGGCCGGCGAGACGGCCGAGGCGGGUGAGUCCCCGCGGGAGCGCAGAGGUCCGGCCCCACCCGGCGGCUUGCCCGCGUCAUUCGGCCUGCACGAUGAAGGCCUGAAGGAUCGCGCCUCGGCCCAGGGCCUUGCUGCUGCCAUGACUGAGGAGAGUGAAGAGACCGUCCUGUAUAUUGAGCACCGCUAUGUCUGCUCUGAGUGCAACCAGCUCUAUGGAUCCUUGGAGGAGGUGCUUGUGCAUCAGAACUCCCACGUGCCCCAGCAGCACUUUGAGCUGGUGGGCGUGGCUGACCCUGGAGUCACAGUGGCCACAGAGGCAGCUUCAGGUACGGGCCUAUAUCAGACCCUCAUCCAAGAGAGCCAAUAUCAGUGUCUUGAGUGUGGGCAACUGCUCCUGUCCCCCAGCCAGCUCCUGGAGCAUCAGGAGCUACACCUGAAGAUGAUGGCACCGCAGGAGGCAGUGCCAGCCAAGCCACCACCCAAGGUGCCCCCCUUGGGCUCCAGCGCCAUCCACUAUGAGUGUGUGGACUGUAAGGCUCUAUUCGCCAGCCAAGAGAUGUGGCUUAGCCAUCGCCAGACGCAUCUCAGAGCCACGCCCAACAAGGCUCCUGCUCCUGUCGUCUUGGGGUCCCCAGUUGUUUUGGGCCCCCCUGUGGGCCAGGCUCGAGUGGCUGUAGAACAUUCAUACCGAAAAGCAGAAGAGGGUGGGGAGGGGGCGGCCAUUCCAUCUGUAGCUGCCACCACCGAGAUGGUGACAGAAGUGGAGCUGCUCCUCUACAAGUGCUCCGAGUGCUCCCAGCUCUUCCAGAUGCCCGCUGACUUCCUGGAACACCAGGCCACCCACUUCCCUGCUCCUGUCCCAGAGGCUGCGGAGCCUGCCACACAGCAGGAAACCCUGGUCCCCUCACCCACUGAGGCAGCAGUGUCUCAGCCCGACCCCCUGCCAGCCUCUGAUCACAGUUAUGAGCUACGGAAUGAGCUGCGAAAUGGGGAGGCCAUUGGGCGAGACCGCAGGGGACGGAAGCCAAGGAGGAACAACAGUGAAGAGUCAGGUGGGACGGCCACCCAGGAACUAUUUUGCUCUGCCUGUGACCAGCUCUUUCUCUCACCCCACCAGCUACAGCAGCACCUUCGGAGUCACCGGGAGGGUGUUUUUAAGUGUCCCCUGUGCAGUCGUGUCUUCCCUAGCCCUUCUAGUCUGGACCAGCACCUUGGUGACCAUAGCAGUGAGUCUCACUUCCUGUGUGUAGACUGUGGCCUAGCCUUUGGCACCGAAGCCCUCCUCCUGGCCCACCGGCGAGCCCAUACCCCGAAUCCUCUGCAUUCAUGUCCCUGUGGGAAGACGUUUGUUAACCUCACCAAGUUCCUUUAUCAUCGGCGUACCCACGGAGCAGGAGGUGUCCCUUUGCCCACAACACCAGUUCCACCAGAGGAGCCUGCUAUUAGCUUUCCUGAGCCAGCCCCUGCAGAGACCGGAGAGCUAGAGGCCCCAGAGCUCCCCGUAUGUGAGGAGAGUUCAGCUGAGCCUGCAGCUCCAGGCUCUUACCGCUGCCUCCUGUGUAGCCGGGAGUUUGGUAAGGCAUUGCAGCUGACCCGGCACCAGCGUUUUGUGCACCGGCUGGAGCGGCGCCAUAAGUGCAGCAUUUGUGGCAAGAUGUUCAAGAAGAAGUCUCAUGUGCGGAACCAUCUGCGUACACACACUGGGGAGCGGCCCUUCCCCUGCCCUGACUGCUCUAAGCCUUUCAACUCACCAGCCAACCUGGCCCGCCACCGGCUCACACACACGGGGGAGCGGCCCUACCGGUGUGGGGACUGUGGCAAGGCCUUCACGCAGAGCUCCACUCUGAGGCAGCAUCGCCUGGUGCAUGCCCAGCACUUCCCCUACCGCUGCCAGGAGUGCGGAGUCCGUUUUCACCGGCCUUACCGCCUGCUCAUGCACCGCUACCACCACACAGGCGAGUACCCCUACAAGUGCCGUGAGUGCCCCCGUUCCUUCUUGCUACGCCGGCUGCUAGAGGUCCACCAGCUUGUGAUCCAUGCUGGGCGCCAGCCCUACCGCUGCUCAUCCUGUGGGGCCGCCUUCCCUUCGUCACUGCGGCUUCGUGAGCAUCGCUGCGCGGCCGCUGCUGCCCAGGCCCCACGGCGCUUUGAGUGUGGGACCUGUGGCAAGAAAGUGGGCUCUGCUGCUCGCCUGCAGGCACAUGAAGCCGCCCAUGCUGCUGCAGGUCCUGGAGAGGUCUUAGCCAAGGAACCCCCUGCUCCCCGGGCCUCGAGGGCCACUCGUACACCAGUCGCCCCCUCCCCAACAGCCCUCAGUGGUACAACCUCUGCUGCUCCUGCAGCCCCUGCCCGGCGUCGGGGUCCGGAGUGCAGUGAGUGCAAGAAGCUCUUCAGCACAGAGACGUCACUACAGGUCCAUCGGCGCAUCCACACAGGUGAACGGCCAUACCCCUGUCCAGACUGUGGCAAGGCCUUCCGCCAGAGUACCCAUCUGAAAGACCACAGACGCCUACACACAGGCGAGCGGCCCUUUGCGUGUGAAGUGUGUGGCAAGGCCUUUGCCAUCUCCAUGCGCCUGGCAGAACAUCGCCGCAUCCACACGGGUGAGCGACCCUACUCCUGCCCUGACUGUGGCAAGAGCUACCGUUCCUUCUCCAAUCUCUGGAAGCACCGCAAGACCCACCAGCAGCAACACCAGGCGGCCGUCCGACAGCAGCUGGCAGAGGCGGAGGCUGCUGUGGGCCUGGCUGUGAUGGAAACUGCAGUGGAGGCUCUGCCCCUUGUGGAGGCCAUUGAGAUCUACCCUCUAGCUGAAGCCGACGGGGUCCAGAUCAGUGGCUGACUGGCCCCACUGGUGCUGAAGGCCCUCCACCAGCCCCUUUAAACCCGUGUACAUAGUGUACCCCUCUCCUCUCCACCACCUUAUGAGUUCUGUAACUAAUUUUAACUAAUUUUUUUUUGAGGGGGUUGCUCUGGAGUCCUUGAUAUGUAAAGGGCACUUCUUCCCACUUUCCACCUGUUUGGUGGUCUCCAAAUGAAGCAGUCAAUAAAGACUGAAUUAGACAUUUA